AUGGCCACCGAGGCCGCGCCGAAGAUCACCCUCCACUGGUUGGAGGUGUCGAGAGCGCAUAGGAUACUGUGGCUCUUGGAGGAGCUGAAUAUUCCCUAUGAGUUAAAGACCUACAAGCGCACCAAGGACAGACUUGCUCCGCCUGAGCUCAAGCAGGUUCAUCCUUUAGGCAAAUCGCCAGUCAUCAGUGUCGAUGGGAUUCCCGGACGCGCCGAACCGUUGGUACUUGCUGAGUCCGCCGCGAUUACCGAAUAUCUGUGCGAUUAUUAUGGCAAGCAUCUGAUUCCUCAACGAUACCCAGCAGGCGAGGACGGCAAGAUCGGACGUGAAACCGAGGAGUGGAUUCGAUAUCGGUUCUUCAUGCACUAUACCGAGGGGAGCAUCAUGCCUUUCAUGGUAAUGUCCUUGAUACCCAGCAGCAUCAGGAGUGCUCCGGUCCCCUUCUUUAUUCGUCCCAUCACCAAUUCAGUGGCUGCAAAAGUCGAAGAGUUCCUUACACCAAACUUCAAAACACAUUAUACUUUCCUAGAGCAGCAGCUCGAGACCUCUCCGAACGACGGUGAAUAUCUCUGUGGCAAGGAGAUCACUGCCGCGGAUAUUCUGAUGUCAUUUCCGUUGGAAGCGGCGGACCUCACUUUUGCCGCUGAUGUGUCCCCGACUCUAAGCAACUUUGGGUCGAAUCCCAACCUACCAUACAUAAAUUUCGCCCCAAGACCGCUGUAUGAACCGACGGGCGAAUUGAUCAAUGAGCAAAUCGACGGCUUUUUGGCAUUUGACAGUCCUAGUACGCUCCGACACACUUUCCGUGGGCCACUAAACAACCACCCCGAGUCAAAAAGCGCCACUCAGACAGCCACUUUGCAACAGCAGAAUCGAAGUCGAAGCCUUCCUGAUGUCCCUUUACCGUCCAAGUCGGCUCUCAAACGCAAAGCAGAAGCUCUUGAUAGCGGUGGUGCAGGCCUGACUAACGGUGCUAACGGUGCGCGCCCAGUCAAGCAACGCACUGUCUCCUUCGAGCGCAUGUCGAACCGAGAAGGCGGGUCUCCAGGAGAGACUUCCGGACGGACAUCUGCAACACAGACGCGACCCGGACCAAACAGCCCUCAUGCUCGCCGAGGUAGGCCGUCACUGCCAUCGUCUACUCCCAAGCCAUCAAUAGAGACCGACAGAGUUCCGCCGCCUGGUCCGACCACUCGACCAAUUCGUGGUACUAAGCAUCCCUCAGGACACCCUCCAUCGAUACUGCCGCCUGAGAAGGUGUUCCCUAUUCAGAUAGGUUCAGAUCUGUUUCGAUUGUCGGGAGCAUCAAUAUCGUCGGACGCUCCUUCUUACUUUACGCAGUUCUUUGAGGAGCAAAUCCGCGAGAAUUCGGAGUCUGGGGGUGUGCGAACUCUGUACAUCGAUCGCGACCCUAUUACGUUCCGCGACGUCGCUCGGCAUUUACAGGGCUAUUAUGUCAAGCCUCAAGAUGGCAGUCACUUCGUCAAGUUAUUCGCUGAUGCGCAGUUCUACAGCUUACCGCGAUUGAUAGAUCAACUCUUCGAAAGCGAGAUCUUCAUUCAGAUAGGUGAACGCCACUUCCAGAUACCGAAGGACAUUUUCUCCGAGCCAGGGAACUCUCCCAAUUUCUUCUCUUUAGGUUUCGCAGUCUUCUUCAGCACUCCUGGUGAAGUCUUUCCCGGACUCGAUAGACGGGGCUUGUUAAGGCCACCCAGCAUAACGCCCCCUUACGUACCGAACCGGAGUGCUGAGAUCUUUGCGGAGUUGCUGCAUUUGUUGCGAGGGUAUCCACUGAAAAUACGGGAUGACAAUCAUCGUCAAGAGUUGUUGCGAGACUGUAGAUAUUUCCACCUUCGAGGUCUGGAGCAAAAGAUCAUCGCGCACGAAAUCAGCUAUAAUCUGCAGAGAAGCAGGCAAGAGAUAGCAUUGAGACUUGAAGACGUCAAGCCAAGCGGAAUAAGCUACAGACCAAGCGACGACGAUGAGGGAACCCACAAGGACGACAAGGACGAGAGCGAUGAGGAAGACGAAGAGGCCAUGGCAACAGACGAGGGCGCUGGUUCCAAAGAGAAGGCUUCUCAACAACCUGGAGGUUGGGUCUACUACGCUCGGCCUUUCGUAGACGAGGCGUCUUAUGAGCUCGUCAUUGAGAUCGGAAACGAAGCUACCCAGUUGGAUCUCAGAGACAUGCGCGCCGACUUCCAUGGACUUACGAAAGCUAGGGUCAGCAGCUUACUUCAGGUUGUCGCGAAUAAGAUGAACCUACCGACCAAUGCGCCGUGGGGCUUGCUGGUACUUGGACAAAGUGGUGGAGCGGCCACACAGGCAUCAAGUCCUGGCCAUACGCCACUGAGUGAAGACCGAGUCAAGGUGCGCUUCGACCAUGCCAGCUCAGUGAGCCUGGACGGCGCAAAGUGGGAGAUUGACUGGAAAAGUGAUCUUGGCCGAAGGCUGCGACUUGGACACGAAGGCCUGAGAGAUGCCACUGCGGCCGACGAAGGGGAUGAAGACGAGGACAGCGAGUCCGAAGGCGAAGAAGACAGUGAAGCACCUCGUCCUGCUGCGCAAUCGCACGCGUCUCGUCAUCGUCAGCAACCACAACAGCGACAAGCCACGACAAAGAGUUCUGGACCGCAGACAAAAUCCAAAACGCCACUGCAGACUUCUGCUUCGGCAGCAGGCGGCAAAAAGCGUAAACGUCCCGGCUACGAACAACCUCCGCAGGCCUCCGCUACAACGUCAGUGGCGAGUGCGCAACACACAGCACAUCAUCUCGGCCAACAAGCGCAACCUCAGCAGGUCGAGAACGAUACAACGUGGACUAUCAAGACAGCACAGUUUCGCUUGCGGAUCCAAGCAUGUCGCCCUGACCGAGGAGAAGGUGGACUAGAAGUUGUCUUCAUGGUCGUGAAAAUGGAUGCGUGGAGGGGAGAGAAGGCCAGGAAUGAGCAGAGGGGUUUCCUUGGUACAUGA